AUGUCCAAGCUUUCCCCACUGCUGUAUGUCUGCGCAACCCUGGGUUGCGUUUUUGCUUUCCGUCAGUUACUGUGGCAGUCUGGGGGUGGCAACCAGGCGGCAUCCUGCGGUAGCGGCUACUUUCUGCGCGAGGUGCGCUCGUCUGGAACUUCGCCGCAGCUCCUGCAGUCCGGGACCACUAUUUCAACACUCCAAUCUAUCGCAAGAAAAAACUGUUUCACUGUGAACUUGUGAUGCAUAGAAUGGAACACUUUGUCUUGCUACACCUGCAAGGCAUGGGAUUUUGAAGCGUGUUUUCCCUUUGAAAGCGCGUAUGGCAAAUUUUCUGUGUCGUGUGCAGCAAACUUGUGAUGCGGAUCUUGCAAAACCAUCACAGUGAAGCAGUUUUUUCGUGGGAUACAAUCGCAGAAACCACAGCAAUCCGAAAGCGGCCAAACACAAGGAACGAGCUCCAAAGCCGCAACAGAGCAGGGGCAGGCAACAGCGGGAAUCAAGCCACAACAACAAGACCUUGAAAAGAAGAUAAUCACGACCCCGACUGCAACAAAGGCCGCAUCCCCAAACUCCGCCACAGAUGGUUCCGCCGUCCCGCUUGGAGAAGAGGCCGCAAAACUGUGGGCCGACGAGGCGGACCCAGCUGGGGGCGGGGGCGACGGGAAAAAGAGCAGGCUCGGGCCGUUGUCGUGCGACAAAAUCAUCGCAAACCAUGCAAGUGCCGACGAGGGUGUCGCGUACGGGUACUUCAAAAAGGUGAAGGAGGUCUGCGGCGACUUGUGCAAAGUCGAGGACGUGAGCGAGAUGAAGGCGGGCGCGAAAAAAAACUUCCACGCGGUUAUGACCUGCUCAAACGUUACAGUCUCAAACGUCACAAUAGAGUCUGGAUUUUGUCUUGCAUGAAGCGCAUGAGGAACUUAUGUAGAGUUGCGCCUUUCGCAAUACAAAUUUCGCCAGAUAUCAAUGGGGUUUUGGGUGCAGAAACUUGCCAUGCGCAAACCUAUGGGACUACGGUAAAUCAUGCACUUCCUGCAUCACAGAUUUCCAUAUUCUAUUGUAACGCUUGAGAUUGUAACACCUGAGCAAGUUAUAUCGGUCCGAACGAGUGUGGCACCUUUCAACUGUGAGUAUCGUAAGGAAAAGUCCCCCCUCCCCAUAGCGAAAAGGAGCGCCUCAGGGAAUUUGUGAUGCUGAUUUGUGACCACAAAUGGUGUUUGUCUUGCAAGAAAGCAUCGACGUAGACUCCGACCCAUUAUUCAGGCGGUUUGUAAUGCUGUCGGUCCUACAGCGUAGAAGACGUUCCUCAUGCUAAGUGCCUAGGCCAAAACCUCUCCGCAUUGGCAUGGUGUGGGCCUGCAGUCCUCUACUGCGAGCCAAGUAAUGACUUGUGUACGCAAAUCCAGCAUCACAAAGUUUUUUUUCGAUAUGGGGAGGGGGAUUUUUCCUUUUGAUAGUGAGAAGCUGAUGAACAUGCCGUACGCGGACUGCCCAGCCGGCGCACCGAAAGCUGCGAAGGUCAUUCCGCAGCUGUUGAAGUGGGAUUACACCCUCGGCGGCAAGGUGCCGAUCAAGAGCGCGUAUUUUUCCCAUAUCAUGGCGAAAAAUCAUUAAUUCCCCGCCCCACCCUCACAAGAAAAAAACUGUGAUGCAGAAUCAGCCCUGUCUUGCAGCAAGAAACCUUCUGCGGGCGCACCCUGCGUCUACUUUUUGGGGAUUUUCUCGCAGUCUAGCUCUUCCGCGUGCUAGACGUUCUUGACUCGGUAGGCAAAUUCGCGUCACAGAUUGCCUGCCCAUUGCUUCCUUUCGCUCUUGCUUCCCAAGUAUGCAAGACAGAGGCGGAACUUCUUGCGGACAAAAAUCAACAGCGCAAAUCUUUCCUGUGAUGCGGUUGCAAUGGAGGGAGGGAAGCUUUUCCUCAGGAUGUCCUAAGUAAAGUUUAACACGAAGAGAGAUACGCCAAAAACCUGGACCAAGGAAAUGCUGCAGGAGAGCGCCGAAAAAUGCCGCACGGGGAGGCUCUCCGGCACGUACGGCGUUCAACCAUCAACCAAGAUGUUCGAAGCAUUUGCGGCCGCGCCGGGCACAAAAAACGGGACUGUGUUGGUCAUCGGCAGCGAGACGCCCUGGGUGGAGGCGUGUGCCCUGGGUGCAGGUGCGAAGCAAGUGAUCACAUUGGAAUAUGGGGUGAUCCACUCCGAACACCCGAACGUGAAAACCAUGCUACCCGGAGAAUUCUUGGAGGCAUGGAAGACCGGCGCGCUGCCGAAGUUCGACGUCGUGUCCAGCUUCUCCUCGCUUGAACAUUCCGGACUGUAUCCACUGUGAGUAAAAACCAAUAGUACCAGACCCAUAUUUUUGUCACUGUCAAGGGUUGGCGAUAAAAAUCAAAAAGCUGCUGCUGCCGUCUAAACGCUGCAUGAAAGGUUUUCAUCCGAACGCGCAGUGUAGUCAAGCCUGGCAGUUGAUGUAGCUGCCGCGUCCGAAAUGAUUAUGCUCGUUUUUGGCUCGUGACUAGGGCAUGACAAAAUCCCCCAAAAACGACUACAAAAACCCGUCAAUGGGGAGCCGUGUGCAAAGUUCUGCUGGGUGGAAUGUAAGUUUGCGUGUAAAUAUGUCUGUAGGGGCGUGCGUUUUUCCACAGGAUGGACGGGGCCGAUAUGGCGACGCAUUGAAUCCAUGGGGCGACGUCUUACAGGUAGCGAGGUCGUGGUGUGUCACGCGCGACGGAGGCAUAUGGAAGUGUCAGGAUUAGAGAAAGCGACAAAGUAGUUGAAAUGAUUUGCAAUGCAUAAAAUCGAUACGAGUCGGGCCCUCAGCUUCUCAGUGGCGCAUGACAAGUUUUGGUAGGGCGGAAAUCCAGUCUGUCGCGGUGUUUGGGCAAAGAAGACUGCUUCUGUCAUGCUAUUCUUAGCUGCUCUAUUUCUAUCCCUAAACAGGCUGAAGUAUAAUCGGCCCCACAUACCGACUGUCCAAGACACGCGCUGUGUGGCAAGUAGUUUCAUUGUGUACGUUGCAAGGUUUUGCUUCAGCUUUAUCGAUUUCGAUCCUGGCACUCUGAUAAGGCAACCUGGUGGCAUCCCAAGGAAACAUCCCUCCUCCCCAUAUCGAAAAGGCAUGCCUUUGCAAAUUUGUGGUGCUGGAUUAGUGAUCACAAAUCGUGGCUGUCGUGCAAGAGAGCAAGGCCAGUAGAGCUUGCGCCGCAUUAUGCAGGCGAUUUGUAAUGGUACGGGUCAACAGGGCGACAGGGCGGACGUCUGUCAUGCUAGGCGUAUACCUCAUUCAAAACAUCCCUGCCCAGGUUUUUUAUUUGGCUGCAGUCAUCUACUGCAAGGCAGCGCUGCUUUGUUUACACACGUCCCGCGUCACAGAUUUCCUUUUUGAUGGGGGGAGCAGGAUUUUUUCAUUUUGAUAGAUGGUCGGCUUGCCUGCGGGUGCUGACUCGCUGCUCUGGACCGCACAUCGCCUGUACGGACCAAAGCGAUGGCCUUACAUUGGCACUAACUGGAAGCAAAUCACUAUCCUGUGAAAAAACUGGGCCCGCGCCCCAUAGUCAAGUGGGGAACUCUGCAGUACAAAUGCACGAAUCUAUCUGGGAGGCACGCAGGACAAGUUUUUGUCUGUAGUGUACUACUGCACCAGUUUAGCAGAGAUAAGGGCAUCUUCACAAGCCCAUCUGCUGAUCCUCGAUCUUCUAUAGCAUUACAAAUUGUACCAAAUAACGACUAGAACCGGAUGCUUCUCACGGGGAUGCGCAUUACCAGCAUUCCUGUAAUUGCAAAUCUUUGUGCUGAUAUCAACUUUGCUGGGGCGGGGACGUUUUUCCUCAGGAUAGUCAUGUCGCGAGGAGGUGGCGUCGGGCAUAUCACCAACAUAUACGAAAAACCGUCUCCGCCUACUAUAAGCUGCUCAGGUGUUAAAAUCUCCAGCAUUGCAGUAGCGGAUACUGUCUUGGGGACAGUAUCCGAACUCUCUCGCAACAUUUGGGACUGUAACACCUGAGCAGCUUAUACUCACCUCCGGAGGGUCGGCCCGUGUGCUGCGCGCGAUUUCGCCAACAUCUUCUCCGCGCGAGAAGGUAGAUACUUCUUCGUGAUGGAGCUGGCGUCUCCCUUUUCGCAGGGUCGUAGCAGCCGAUCUGCAGUUUCGGGCUUCCACUGUGAGUGCGUGCUUUUGCCACUAUUGCAAGUUCUUACCUACGAAGCCGCGAACUCGUGGCCGCGUAACAUGAACAUGAAGGAACAAGCAGGAAAGUCGUAAUUGAAAACAAGCAAAUAACAAACACACAAGCAAAAUAGCGCUUAGCUUGCCGCAGAGGUGCGAGCACAACGUGAUGAAGAAUUAUGGGCAGUUGUAUUUUUCCUAUUCAAUGAUUGUAGUCGCAUUCGAGCAAGGGCCCAGUGAGUGCGAGAUACGCUGCCGCCUACUGGUGCUCCAGGUUGGAGAAUGAACUGACCUGAAGGCGCAAUAUUCCCUUUGGAAUCCAGGACGUCACCUGCCCAAAAAAUGUAUUUCCACAGGGGAGAGCACAUUGUAAGUUUUGUGCAGCUUUUGGUUGGAUCCAUACACCUGUAGCGCACGCCCGCGGGCCCUUUUCGAGUUUUCCCCACGGCUUGCCUGCAGUUCCAUAACCAGCGCACGGAGCUCUUGGAACUGUUCCGAGUGAGUGCCCCAAUUGGGAUUGCAACCCGC